UCUUGUUUAUCUAUAUAUAGAGGGCGAGCAGAAAUCUAAACUUCAGAGGAGAGGUAUCCGAAAUUUAGAGGAAAAAUCUUGCUGUAACUUUGGGGGAACGAGCCUUGUGAGAGAGAAUUGAGAAAUGGCGGAAGAGGGACAAGUUGUCGGUUGCCACAGUGUGGAAUCGUGGAAGGAGCAAUUCCAGCAUGGAAUAGAGUCCAAGAAACUGGUGGUGGUGGAUUUCACUGCUUCAUGGUGUGGGCCAUGUCGUGUCAUUAGCCCAUUUCUGGCAGAGCUUGCCAAGAAGAUGCCUAAUGUCAUAUUUCUCAAGGUGGAUGUGGAUGAAUUGGAGACUGUUGCUAAGGAGUGGGAAGUGGAGGCCAUGCCAACCUUUCUGUUCCUGAAAGAAGGAAACGUAGUGGACAAGGUUGUGGGUGCAAAAAGAGAAGAACUGGUGCAGAAGACAGAGAAGCAUGCAACUGCUUGACUUGCAAUUUGGAGAUAUGAACUUUCACUGCAAAAUGCCACAUUUAUUAUGGUCAUUGUAACUAUGCAAGUACUUGUUUGCCUGAGGCUUUGAGGCCCUGAGAGCCUCAGGGCUCUCUAAAGAUAAGUGGUGUUUGUCAUAAAUUGAUAAUACAAUAUGUGUGUUAUUUAUGGUUGCUUUCUUA